AUGUCUGGCCUUGACUCUAAGAAUCUUCCCGACAUCACCGGAACUUGGAUACUGAACCGGAAGUACUCAACUGAUCCAGAGGAUGUUUUUGCUUUGCAAGGCGUCCCUUGGAUCGUUCGCAAGGCCUUGAAGCAUGCCCGAUUGUCAUUACAACUCUGGCAAACCAAGUCCGAUGCAAGCUCAGGAGAUACAGAUGGCAGCCCAGGACUGACUGACGCCAGCGAGUCGGUUACAAGGCUUCGCUUGAAACAGGUCGUGAGCCCUGGGAAUUUCGACAGCGAAGGAUCUUAUCUUGUUGAUGGGACUCCACAGAAGCUUUCGCUGCCGAUUUUCGGAGACUUGACUAUGCGCUUGCAGUUUAUCAACACUUCUGAGAUCUUAGAGGACGUCCUCCGUGAAAAGUUGAAGAAGUCCAGUAUCAACAAAAAAGUGAUUCAAGAACUAGCAAAGAAUUCGACGAAGGGUUGGGAUGCUGAGGUGAUUUGGGGAUUUGAGGAGAUUGAGGGAAACAAGUAUCUGACCAGGAACAUCAGCACCACCAAGGGCAAUGACAAGGUCAUUGCUAGGAUGGUCUAUCACUUGGAUAAUUAG